AUGCCUCCAGCAAGCUACUCGCGCCCGCCGCAGCGCGACUCGUGGUUCGCGCCGCUGUCCGUCGACCUGAUCCUGAAAGUGCUCAACGUCACCAUCUUCCACCCCUUCAUCUGCUGGCUGAUCCCGCUAUGCCUGCGCGCCCAGACGACCAAGUGGGAGGCGCCGCCGAUGGUGGGCGCCAUUGCCUGGGCCAUCUUCAUCUCGGUCAUGUGGAUCGCCAGCGCGGUCAACCAGCGCAUCGCGCACGGCAUGCCGCGCGAGGUGGACCUGGGCGAGGAGGUGAUUGUGGUGACGGGCGGCGCGAGCGGGCUGGGCAUGCUGGUGGCCGAGGUGUACGGCAUGAGGGGCGCGAGCGUGGCGGUUUUGGACGUGAAUGAGAUGGAGAAUGGCGAGGCUCGGGGCGUGACGUUUUACAAGUGCGAUGUGAGCGACAAGGAGCAGGUGGCCAAGGUUGCCGUUGAGAUUGAGAAGGAUCUCGGUACGCCUACUGUGCUCAUCAACAACGCCGCCGUCGUCGUGGGCAAGCCGCUGCUGGACCUCUCCAUCGAUGAGAUCGAGACCAGCAUCGGCACCAACCUCCUGGGUCCCUUCUACUGCCUCAAGACGUUCCUCCCGGCCAUCAUCCGCGGCGGCCGCGGCGGCACCAUCGUCAACGUGUCGUCCGUCAUCGGCCACCUGGGCGCCGCGCAACUGACCGACUACGCCGCCGCAAAGGCCGGCCUCACGGCGCUGCACAAGUCGCUGGCCGCCGAGCUGCGCGAGUCGCACCCGGACAUCCGCACCGUGCUCGUCACGCCGGGCCAGCUCAGCACGCCGCUGUUUUACGGCGUGCAGACGCCAAACGGCUUCUUCGCGCCCGUGGUCGAGCCGGUGGACGUGACCAAGGAGAUUGUGGCGGCGAUUGACGGCGGCAAGGGCGUUACUGCGGCGAUGCCGUUUUACGCGCGGUGGGUGGAUUGGUAUAAUGUUUUGCCGGUGGGAGUGCAGCUCGUUGCGAGGAAGCUUGCUGGCGUGGACAGGGGGAUGAAGACGUUUAUCGGGAGGAAGGGGUCUGCGGAGGAGUCGAAGAAGAUGAGGUAG